CGUGGCUAGGGCCCGCCAGCGCGCACGCGCGAGCCCCAUCCUGCUGUGGUCGUCCGGUGGUCGAAGUGUCCUGCGUUCGUCAUGUCGGCGUCGGUGGUGUCCGUCAUCUCGCGGUUCCUGAAUGAGUACUUGAGCACCACUCCGCAGCGGCUGAAGUUGCUGGACGCCUAUCUCCUUUAUAUACUGCUGACCGGGGCGCUGCAGUUCGGCUACUGUCUCCUCGUGGGCACCUUCCCUUUCAACUCUUUCCUCUCCGGCUUCAUCUCUUGUGUGGGCAGCUUCAUCCUAGCGGUUUGCUUGAGAAUACAGAUCAACCCACAGAACAAGGCGGAUUUCCAAGGCAUUUCUCCAGAGCGGGCCUUUGCUGACUUCCUCUUUGCCAGCACUAUCCUGCACCUUGUCGUCAUGAACUUCGUUGGCUGAACUGCUCCCGGGUCCUUAGUUGUGGAGCUGGAGUCGGCAGAAUGUUCACUCUUUGAUGUCCCCUGGAAAAGAAUUCUUGAGAUGUCAGCUCGUUGAACAUUGAUUCUUCAGAUUUGUGCUUGAUGAUGACUCAGACUUGGCAUGGCAUGGGGAGUCCAGAGACCUCCCUUUGCUGCCAGUCCGGCUUCACAGUGCACACCUGUUAAUGCGAACCCGGCCUUCCCUAAGUGUAACCCUCACUUUCCAAAUUAAACAGUUUUUCUGCUGCCUCA